AUGGCAACUGCACCCAUGCCAACAUUGUUCAAUGGAAAUGAGAAUGAAAACCCACAGAAUUUUUUGUGUGAAGUAGAGAGAUAUAUCCAAGUCACUAGAAUCACUGAUGAAGUGACGAAGGUCACCUUAUUCGGCAUGUUCAUUUCUGCAGGCUUGCAAGCAGAUAUAUGGUGGAACGCCCUAACAGUGGCACAAUUGACCUCAUGGACGACCAUCAAAGUGGCAUUUCAAGUGCAAUGGCCAGCUAUAGUGGUAGCUGCAAAAUCUACACUAGAUUAUCAGAAGGAGCUGCUCACACUGAGACUCAAGGAAGAUGAUGUAGGAGAACGCAUCACAGUAGCAGGCGUCUCAACCUGGUUGCAUCUCCAUUACCACGGACAUCUACAAAAGCUAGUCCAAGAUGCAGGCGUAGCUAAUGCACUAGUGUUCAUCCAUCAAGUCCAUGAAGUGCUUCUGCGCAUCAUACAAGACCUCACCUCACCAGCACCAGCCACAUGGACAGUAUUCUUAGAUGAGAUAAAGGAUGCAAAUAUUGAUGUCAUCCAAGACAAAGCUUGA